AUGCCGAUGAGCUUCAUGCCCACCUCCUCACCUCCGGCAUCCUCAUCCACCCUUCCUCAUCCUCUAUCUCUACUCCUCCACCCCCCACUCCACCUCCUCGCUCGCUCCCUCCUCCCUCUCCACCCCAACUCUGCCCUUCCUCUACAAUGCCCUAAUCAAGGCUUCCUCCAAUGGCUUAACCCUCUCAACGCCCUCCUCGUCUUCUCCUUCCUGCUCUCCUCCAGCAUCUCCCCUGACCCUUUCUCCUUCUCCCUUUCCUUCACCGCUACCGCCCGCGCCUUCUCCCUCUCUCAACCAGGGAAGUUAAUUUCAGCCUUAGAGGUGUUCUAUGCCAUGGAUGAUGAUGAAAAGAACUUGAUUUCAUGGAACUCAAUGAUCGGUGGUUGCGCACGGUUUUUGAACAGAAUCGGGAUGAUGGAUGAAGCAUUGGAGUUGUUUGAUAAAAUGCAGAAAAGGGAUGUAAUAGCUUGGGAUAGUGUGCUCGAGGGGUAUAUGGAUAUCGGGAAUGUUGAGCUUGGCCUGUGUUUGUUUGAUGAAAUGCUGGAGAGGGAUGUGAUUUCCAAAAAUAUCAUGAUCAAUGGGUACGUGAAGAAUGGUAUGAUCAGUGAAGCAUUGUUUGUCUUCAUGAAGAUGCAGGUCGAAGGUGGUAUAGUCCCCGAUGGCACGAUUCUGGUCACUGCUCUUUUUGCCAUUUCAGAGCUCGGUUGUACCAGUCUCAGAUUAUGCAUACAUAAAUACAUAAGGAUGAAGCACCUAUCCAUGUAUGGAAAGCUUGACGUCGUACUUAUUGACAUGUACUCAAAGUGUGGCUAUCUAGGGGAGGCAUUGCAGUUGUUUAAGACAUCCAGUAUCCAAAUAGUAGAUCACUAG